AUGCCGGCGCGGAGCGCGAUACGAUGCGUGCUUGCCGCGACGUUUGCCGUGGCGGCGGGCCUGCGGCCGAUGCCAGGCUUGAGUUUUGGCAGCAGCACGCUCAGGCCGCUCGCCGCUGCCGCAGCGCCACCAAGGCGGCGGCUCCGCUCUCCGCCGCCGCAGCUGCUCGACCCGCUCGACUGGCUGGCGGACCAGCUCGAGGUGCGGCUGCGUGCGCGGCGCGAGGGCAAGCUGCGGCGGCCGAAGCGCAUCAUCCUCGUGCGGCACGGCCAGUCGGAGGGCAACGUCAACCGGACUGCGUACCAGAGCACACCCGACUCCCAGAUUGCGCUGACCGAGGGGGGGUGGGCCCAAGGCGUGGUGGACCCCUCCCUAAGACUACCUAGCCUUAAAAAAUUCCCCACCUUUUAA